AUGAUGCCUCAAAGGGUCAUGGAAUGUCAGUCUUUGGAGGGCAUUUGUCAGGAGGGCUAUGAAGUUUUUCUUCAUAGCAAGGGGAAGGCCUGAAUGACCCUUGUCAUUCCUUCCACUUGAGGGUUCUGUGAUUCCUCCUUUUCUUUCUGGCUUCUUCUCUUAGCCCUCCCCUUUCUCCUCUCACUGUUGCUGCUUUUCUUUCUUUCUCUUUUCUCUUUCCUUUUUCAUUUUCUUCCCAUUCUCCUUCUCAUCCUGCUGCUCUUCAUUCUACUUCUCUUCUGCUUCCUCCUCUUCUUCUUCCAUUUUUUCUCAUCUUCUUCCUCCUCCACCUACAUUUUUCUGUCGUUGCUGUCCUCUUCUCCUUCUACUUCUUGUCUUCCUCCUUCUCCUUCCUCCUCUUCUUCCUCCUUCCAUUUUUUCUCCCUGUCUUCCUCCUCCUCUCCCCACUUCUUCUCCUGUCUCCUCCUUGUCUUCUUCUUUUCUUCCUCCUCCUUGUCUUCCUCAUGCUACUGCUUCUCCUUGUCAUCUCAUUCUUCUUCCUCCUCCUUCCACUUCCAGAGUUACAAGCUAGGUAGAUUCAAGGAAGGCUGUGGAUGUUGCAUAUCUGGAUUUCAGUAAGGUCUUCAACAAGGUCUCCCAUGAUCUUCUGGCAAACAAACUAGUCAAAUGCGGGCUAGGAAAAACUAUGGUUAGGUGGAUCUGUAAUUGGUUACGUGAACGAACCCAAAGGGUGCUCACCAAUGCAUCUUCAUCCUGGAAAGAAGUGACGAGUACUGCAGGGUUCUGUCCUAGGCCCGGUUCUGUUGAACAUCUGUAUAAAUGACUUAGAUGAAGGGUUAGAAGGCAUGAUUAUCAAGUUUGCAGACAACACCAAAUUGGGAGGAAUAGCCAAUACUCAAAACGAUCUUAACAGAUUAGAGAGAUGGGCCAAAACUAACAAAAAACUAACUAACAAAGUUCAGCAUAGACAAAUGCAAGAUACUCCACUUAGGUAGAAAAAAUGAAAUGCAAAGACACAGAAUGGGGGACUCCUGGCUUGAUCGCAGUACAUAUGAAAAUGAUCUUGGAGUCCUCAUGGACAGCAAGUUAAACAUGACCAAGCAAUGUGAAGCAGCGGCUAAAAAAACCAAUGGGAUUUUGGCCUGCAUAAAUAGGAGUCUAGUGUCUAGACCCAGUGAAGUCAUGCUCCCCCUCUAUUCUGCCUUGGUCAGACCACACCUGGAAUACUGUGUCCAAUUCUGGGCACCGCAAUUGAAGGGAGAUGUUGGCAAGCUGGAAUGUGUCCAGAGGAGGGCGACUAAAAUGAUCAAGUGUCUGGAGAACAAGCCCUAUGAGGAGCGGCUUAAAGAGCUGGGCAUGUUUAGUCUGCAGAAGAGAAGGCUGAGAGGAGACAUGAUAGCCAUGUAUAAAUAUGUGAGGAGAAGUCGGAGGAGGGAGCAAGCUUGUUUUCUGCUGCCUUGAAGACUAGGACAUAGAACAACGGCUUCAAACUUCAGGAAAGGAUAUUCCACCUGAACAUGAGGAAGAACUUCCUAACUAUGAGAGCUGUUCAGCAGUGGAACUCUGUGCCCCGGAGUGUGAUGGAGGCUCCUUCUUUGGAGGCUUUUCAACAGAGGCUGGAUGGCAAUCUGUUGGGGUGCUUUGAAUGAGAUUUUCCUACUUGGCAGGGGGUUGGACUGGAUGGCCCACAAGGUCUCACUCUCUUCCAACUCUAAGAUUCUGUUAUUAUUCUUCCUCCUCCUGCUCCAACAUUUUUCUAUCUUGUUCUCUUCCUCUCUUUCUACUCCUUGCCUUCCUCCUCCUCUUUGGACUGGAUGGCCCAUGAGGUCUCUUCCAACUCUAUUAUUCUAUAAUUCUAUGAUUCUUCCCUCCUCCUCUUCUUGCUUCUUUCACUUCUUCUCCCCUUCUUCUUCCUCCUCUCCCCACUUCUUCACCUUGCCCUCCUUCUCCCACACUUGUUACUCCUUCCUUCGUUCCUUUUCUUCAUCCUCUUCUCCCUUCUCCUUCUUCCAAUUCUUCUCCUUCUCUUCCUCCUUGUCUUCCUGAAGCUGCUGCUUCUCCUUGCCAUCUCAUUCUGCUUCUUCCUCCUUCCACUUCUUCUUGUCUUCUCCUUGCUCUCCUUUUCCUUGCCUUCCUCCUGCUCCUGCUUCUCCUUGUCACCUCAUUUUUCUUCUUUCUCCUUCCUUCCACAUCUUCUCCUCUUCUCCUUCCUCUCCUCCUUUUCCUUGCCUUCCUCAUGCUCCUGCUUCUCCUUGUCAUCUCAUUUUUCUUCCUUCUCCUUCCUUCCACUUCUUCUAAUUGUAUUCUCCUUCCACUUCUUCUCCUCGUCUUUUCCUUCCUCUCCUCCUUUUCCUUGUCUUCCUCCUCCUCUCAUUCCUCUUCCUCCUCCUUCCACUUCUACUCCCUCUUCUUUUUCUCCCUCCCCUUUCUACUUCGAAUGGUAGAAUCAUAGAGCUGGACUAGAUGACCACAUGGGCCACCUAGUCCAACCCCCUGCUUCCUCCCACUUUUUCUCCUUGUGGUGGCUGUCUUCCUCAUCAUCAUCAUCAUCUUCCUCCCCUCCUCCCUCCGCUGCUCCCUCUCUUCUCUCUGACCCUCCUCCUCCUCCUUCCCUAUAGAGAGAGAGCCAGGGUCCGGAGGGGCGAGCCCAUCCCUUGAAGCCCUGGCGCGCAAUGACGCUGCUCUGGGGCUGAAGUCUCCCCGACUUGGAGGGGAAGGGGGGGAUGUCUUGGUGGCUCUGACAUCACGGCCUCAUUCGCAUUCAGCAGAGGCAGCGGCGGCGAAGGAGGCGACUCCCCAGCGGGGCCAGCCAGUCAAGCAGCCCAGUCGCCCGGCAGAAGCAGCAGAAGGAGGAGGAGGAGGCUCCUGCGCGGAGCUGUCUGAAGCUUUCCGACUUUCACAGAAGACAGGGAGGCUGGCUGACUGGCUGGAUGCAGCAGCCUGAUUCAAAGACCCUCUCUGGCUCUGGGGUCCUUUUUGGGAGGCGAUGGCGUGAUGGCGGAGGGGCGACCCAGCAGCUGUGCCCAGGGAAGCGAGCGUGAGCCAAGGCAGGGCAGAAAGCCCUCGAUGCCCGCUGAUGCUUUGGCAAAGCCCGCCACUCUCCCCUUGCUUGGACAUGGGUCCCAUAUUGCAAAUAUAGCUCCCAAAGACGUCUCCAUAGCUGUAUUCCAGUGUUAAGGAGAGGGGGGAGGACUUGACAAUGCUGCAGUGUUUACCUGGGGCUUUGCAGGCAAGGAAAGUCAACUGAAGAAGCAGACGAAGAAGAAGAAGAAGAAGAAGAAGAAGGGAGAGACUUGACAGAAAAGAGCAGAGGUGUUGAGCAGGACCUCAGCACUUGAGGAAACCCCCAACUUAACUUCUAAAAGCUGGAUGCAGGAUCCAUUCAAACAGGAAAAUUUGCAGACAUUGUAAGUGCCCACAGUCAGAGCACUUUGAAACCGUGAUGCCUCUGGAAAUGGAGAAGACUGUGACCAAGCUGAUGUUUGACUUCCAGCGGAACUCUACUUCUGACGAUGACUCGGGUUGUGCCUUGGAAGAGUAUGCUUGGGUACCUCCUGGGCUGAAACCAGAACAGGUUCAUCAGUACUACAGCUGCCUACCGGAAGACAAAGUGCCCUACGUGAACAGCCCUGGAGAGAAAGCCCGUAUCAAACAGCUUCUUCACCAGCUGCCACCACACGACAAUGAGGUACGAUAUUGCAAUUCAUUGGAUGAAGAAGAGAAAAGAGAACUCAAACUCUUCAGCAAUCAGAGGAAAAGGGAGAACUUAGGCAGAGGCAAUGUGCGACCAUUCCCAGUCACCAUGACCGGAGCCAUUUGUGAGCAGUGUGGAGGUCAAAUCAAUGGAGGAGACAUAGCUGUCUUUGCAUCCAGAGCAGGGCAUGGCAUUUGCUGGCACCCCCCAUGCUUCAUCUGCAGCGUUUGCAAUGAGCUGUUGGUAGAUCUUAUUUACUUCUAUCAAGAUGGGAAGAUUUAUUGUGGCCGGCACCAUGCAGAAUGCCUGAAGCCUCGGUGUGCAGCGUGUGAUGAGAUUAUCUUUGCAGACGAAUGCACAGAGGCUGAGGGACGGCACUGGCACAUGAAGCACUUUUGCUGUUUUGAAUGUGAAACGGUGCUGGGAGGCCAGCGAUACAUCAUGAAGGAAGGGCGGCCAUAUUGCUGCAACUGUUUUGAAUCCUUAUAUGCGGAGUAUUGUGAUACCUGUGCUCAGCACAUUGGAAUUGACCAGGGUCAGAUGACUUAUGACGGCCAGCAUUGGCAUGCAACCGAGACCUGCUUUUGUUGUGCACAGUGCAAGAAGUCACUUCUUGGGCGGCCAUUCCUGCCAAAGCAAGGGCAGAUCUUCUGUUCCAGAGCAUGCAGCAUGGGGGAUGACCCCAAUGCCUCCGAUUCAUCUGACUCUGCUUUCCAAAGUGCAAGAGCCAAAGAAUCCAGGCGUAGUGCCAAGAUCGGCAAGAACAGGAACAAAGGAGAGGAGAAUGCUGCCGGCCAGAGCAACCAACUGCAGGUGACCUCCAGCAGGCUCUCUACAGAUGUGGAUCCCCUCUCCUUGCAAAUGGACUUGCUGAGCUUAUCCAGCCAGACUCCAAGUCUAAACAGGGACCACAUCUGGAGGAGCAGAGAUGAGCUCUACCACUAUGGGAACAAAAUGGAGUCAAGUCAGUCACAAACCCCCUUGCAGAUGCUCAGUCAGUGUAACAUCAGGACCUCUUACAAUGCAGGGCAGAGUCCAAGUGCUCAGCAGGAACUAUGGGGCAAACAUUUCAGCAAUCCAAAGAGGAGUUCCUCCCUUGCCAUGAAAGGACAUGGUGGUAGCUUCAUCCAAGAGUGCCGAGAAGAUUAUUACUCAGGAAGGCUACCAUCACAGGAGAGCUACAGUGACAUGUCCAACCAGAGCUUCACUGAAAACAGGGGGAGUUACAAGGUCUCCAAAUAUGACCAAGAGGAAGACAGCAGUAGGUCUGCACAGCAUUGUCGUACCAGGCAUCCAAUCAAUGCCUUGAAAUUCACUGAGGAACUGACUCCAACAGAGCAAACUCCACGUGGUUCAAUGGAAUCUCUUGCUCUUUCCAAUGCCACAGGUCUCUCUGCGGAUGGGGGCACCAAGCGACAAGAGCAUCUCUCUCGUUUUUCCAUGCCUGAUCUCAGCAAGGAUUCUGGAAUGAAUGUGUCAGAGAAGAUGAGUAAUAUGGGAACAUUGAAUUCAUCUGUCCAGUUCAGAAGUGCAGAAUCUGUCCGUAGCUUGCUAUCUGUCCAACAGUACCAAGAUAUGGAAGCCAACCUUCAUGAUCUUGCCAAUCCGAUUGGCUACAGAGACACACCGUCCCGUGGGAGGAUGCACCAGAGCUUUGACUAUGGUGAUGCAAUGCCAGGAACUAAAUUGGCUGGGCAGGAGAGUGCCAGGCAUCCCCCUAUGAGUGAGCGAACUCCCAGACGAACUAAUCUCCGGGAUGAUGAUCGACGCUCCCGCCACCACAGGCCCCGGCGCUCCAGGCGCUCCCGCUCAGACAAUGCCCUCCACCUUGCCAGUGAACAGAGUUACAAGUUGAAAGAAAGGCCCUCUCUACGAGCCCGGGAGGAUUAUGAUCAGUUCUUACAGCAGAGAGGUUGCAGGGAAAGUGUGGAUCAGGGUGCACGAAGAAAUCUUUAUGGUCAGUGCCCCAGGACUGUGUCAGACCUUGCUUUGCAAAACCACUUUACUGAGCGAUGGGGACCCUACUUUGCUGAAUAUGAUUGGUGUUCUACAUGCUCUUCCUCCUCUGAAUCUGACAAUGAAGGCUACUUCCUGGGAGAGCCAAUCCCUCAACCCAGUCGUCUCCAGUACGUUGCUGGUGAAGACCUGCUUCACAAAUAUGGUUCCUACAGCAUGCCUAAGUCUUCCACACUAGGUGGUCGUGGACAGUUACAUAGCCGGAAAAGGCAAAAGAGCAAAAACUGUAUCAUAGCAUAACCGUGUUUUACCCAAGCACAGUGUUGGAGAAUGUAAUUACUUCAUCAACUUGCACUGUUGUAGGUCUUAAAGCGCUUUUUAUUGUAACGAAACAUCCUGGCAAGCAGGGAGCUGUAAGAAGGUCAUAGACACAAGGUCUAUAAAUAGUCAUAAUUGUUGGCAUGGUGAAUAUAUUUUGCACAUUUUAUUUUGGGGAUGAGAGGGGAGGGAUCAAAUUUAUUUUAGCAUGAAUAAGUAAAAGUUUAUCUCCUUCCUACAACUAGCCACCACCCAACUAAUAUCCAGUUCACCCAUCUGUUUUUAGUUGCCAUUGUUUUUGAUAACCUGCAGUUAGCAACUCAUGUAUUCUCUCUCCUUUUUUUGCUCUCCAUUUUCAUCAUUUUCUUUCACCAUUCUUCUGCCAGAUUGUAAGGAAAUGUAAAUUAAUUCCAUGAUUUGUUGUGAAAAAUGCAAAAGUAAGUGAGAGUUUGGAGAAAAUAUUUUUGUAUUUUGUAAUAACUGAGGAAUGUUUUUAUCUUAGGAGUCACUGGGAAAUCCGUGCACAUUCAUCAUGUUUUUUUGGGAUGAGCUAAAGAAACAGAGCUUGAGAAUCCUUAUUUUAUUUUAUUUGCCAUCAAAUUUCAUCUGGAUCAGCAAUCCUUUACUUUCUGUACCUGCUUAAAACAAAAUGAAAAAGAGCCUUUAGAAAAUUAAUUAGCUCUUGAGGAAGUUUUGGGGCUCUACUAACACCUUCAUUUUAUGUUACUCUUUAAAACAAAUACAGGCAUCUAUCACUGGAAAUAAAAUGAAAGCAAGUUUUUCCCUUUUUCAAAUGCAGAAAAAAUAUAGACCUGUGUCCAUUUGCUUGUCCCAAGUAAAAAAGAUAUAUUAAAACAAUUAUUGAAUGGUAAUUCAACAUUUACCGUAUAUACUCAUGUAUGAGUUGAUCUCAUAAAAGUCGAGGGCAGGUUUUUUGGGUCCAAAAUUAUCCAUUUAGUAGUUAAUGAUCUGAGAGAAAGGUUAACACUCUUUAAAGAGGGCCAAAAUUACCCAAGAGUCACUCUGUGGAUUGGGUAAAGUGCCAACAAUGCCCCUGGCUUCUAUUGCCAAUUUAAAAGCCAGAAGUUAUGUUGUAGCUGAGAGCUGUUGUUUCUUUUUCAUUCUCCUGGGACAGACAAAGCUCUCAUAUUUCACCACUCUACUCAGAGAGGAGGAUGGCUCCUUUUUUAUAAGAGUUACAGUACAAUACAUUGACCCAUGGUUAAGUUGGCCCAGGGUCUUGGGUUAAUUAUUUGACAAAAAAAUUAGACUUAUACAUGAAUAUAUACACUACGUAAAUCCCAUUGAUUCAGUUCAUCUCCUCUGGUAGGGAUUGGCAGUUGGAUUUGAACCCAAAAUGUUAAAAAGGUUAAAGAUCUGAGUGAAGGCCAAAAUCACUAAAAUUUCAACUACUUUUUGGGGGGUAAACCAAAACAAUUGUAAAUGGUACAGUUGUGUGGUGUCAGCAUGAACUUGUUUUGAGUAUAGAAUUGUUUUCUGGUGCUCUAGUUUCCUGGCAUUUGUUAACUGCUAUUCUUUGCUGAGAGGUAACUUCAGUACUGCCUUCUUCUGAAAUCCAUAAUGAAAUGAAUACACCCUGAUCAUGUCAGACAUAAAGUCUACCCAUGGGAGAUAAAUACUUCAAACCCAUUACAAAGUCAGUUUGAAGGGUCUGUCCUCAGGGUAGAUUGGGGUCUGUUUUUUUGGAAGUACAACAAAGCAACAAAAGCUUCAACAUGGGUAGUUAUAUACAUAGGGCUCAAAAUGUAUUGUGUGCUAUGGUGGAUGUGAGUUAUUUCUCUCUCUCUCCCUAUAUGCUUUAAACAAGUGGGCGUUUGACAUCAAGAUGUGUACGAUAUUGUUUCCAGAUGAGACAGUGGGAAAGAAGAAAUUUGUUUUGUUUCUGUUGUACCUUUUUUUACUUAUAGGGCUGCAAAUUGGGUGUCAGUAGUCCCCAGCUAGGUAGGAGCUUGCCAACUUACAACACCUGUGUAUGGUUCUCUUGAGAAUUUUUAAGGAUUCUAUUAGAAAAUACUGACUGUUGAAAUAGAUGACAAAAUGCAAAUAGGUGUGAAUGGGACUUUAAAAAAAACAGGUGCAAGGGUCCUGCCUCUUCAGCUGGACCUAAGCAGUAGCAAUUUUGACCAUGGUACAGCAGUGUUGCUGUCUGGCUUUGGAACAAUGUGUAACCCUGAGAGAAUGGCCAGUGUUGCUUAUUGAAAUGCAGCAGCAUGGAAGGAAACCUCUGGUACAGAUGUAUCCACAGCACAGUUGGGAAUGUUUUUUUGUGCAUAAGGAGAAUGUGAUAACUAUGAUUUUUCCCCAAAAAAAUAAAGAAGGAAAAAGAAAAGAAA